AUGGAUGCACGUCUGAUUCUUGCCUUUGUGGCAUGUAUAGUCGGAGCAAAUGCUCAGGAGAUGACUGGGCAAUUUGGAAGCCCUGUUUUAGAAAAACUUCGACAAAACCUGGAAAAGGGUGCUGGCGAUUUCCCAAUACUGCAGAAUCUGUACAGAGAACUUGGGGCCGAUAGUGACACACCAAUUCUUGACAAGAUUCGAGAGACAGGCCCGUCUAGAGGAUUCCCCGUCCUCCGCCGUAUCGCACAGCAUUUUCCCGGUCUGAUCCCAACGCUUAUGGGCGCUGGUAUUCAUUGCCGCGCAGGUUCUGUCAAGUGUGGUAAGUCGAUCACCCGCCAUGUGUAUCUUGGACCUGGAGCAUUUGGCCUGCUUCCCACCCUCGAGGACAAAGCCAUGCAGAUUCGCGACAGACAGUUCGGACCAGUUGUAUGUGCACCUGGAGCCGAUGCUUGUGGCGUGAGCCUUACAUAUAACGUGCACCCAGGCAAGAUCACUAGGUCCAAUGUAGGUGUUGGUAACGACGACCGUACAUAUGUCUUCGCCAUGCAUCUUAGUGCUUUGGACACUAAAGGUAUGGACUCAAUCGAUGAUCUAUACGAUCAUUAUCAGGAAGGACAUUUCCACAAGGAAUUCAUCCUAGCAGUUUGUGCGGAGGCCGGCAAGAAGUGCAAAGGCAUCUAUGACGACUCGUUCAAUUGCUUCAAAUCUGGUGAAGGAAGUGGCCCAGUUGCCGGCGUCGGUUUAUUGGCACGUAACUAUGACGCCUGCGUCUCUUGGGCUAAAACGCCACAUCGCGAAUCGAUAGUAGGAUUCACAGAACCCCACUUCAGACUGAAGGCCCCCAAUACAGAAGGCAAAUUCUACGUAAAGGAAGGCAACCCAAGUGCGUUUGAUCCCACUGAUAUGGCCACUGCCACCAAGAUAGGUGUAAUCAACACAUUCUUUCACGGUGCAUAUAAAGGAAUUAAGCAAAACCCAAAUAUAAAGGGAACUUUACUUGCAUUGAGGCGAGACCACGUCAAAGUUGUUUCAACUAAAAGAGAACUUUGGAGGGUUAUUUUAAGAGGAGAGGUUACCGCGGGAUUUGCACCCUAUAAAUUAAUGGAUCUUAUGGAUCAUCCUGGAGUUGUAAGCAUUGGUGAUUCGAUUGACUGUGCCAUGAACGACGAUGGAACAACUGAGGUGGCCAUGAUGGUACGUAAGGAUAGCACCUUGCCCGAUUGGUGGAAUUCGGCUUUCGAACGUAUCAAGCAUAAUGGGCAAUUCUAUUCACUUUGUUCAAAAUACGAACAUGUAGCGGGAAUAUGUGCUCUAUAAGCAGUAUCGUCGAUCCAGCGGUGUUCCUUGGACACAUAAUGUGACGUCACGUCGUUUUGAUUUGCGUACUGGUAUUGUGAAUGUAAUAACUGAAUUAAUAAACAUGGGAAUAAACUGUAUGUGUGUUUUCGCUUUA